AUGCUCGCGACGGAAAAUGGUCUUAGGUUCAGUAGUGUCAUUUACUAUAGGAACUCGUCCUGCUACGGCUUUGAGGAUAUGUCAUAUACUCAUAUGUGGCUGAGGGCAAUCUCGAACAGAUCUGGCGUAAUCUGGGCGUGGCUCGGAAUGGGAGUUUCUAGGUACUCACCUGGCCAAAUUACUGAUGAAGUUGAUUGGUUCGAAGAACGUGUGUCUGAUGUGGUUUCGACUGGGAUCGGUGAUGUUGUAGUGAGCAAUGUCUGCACCCUUGAUGGUGAUCUCUUGCCUGGAAUGUCUAAGAGAGAUGUCGUUGGUAACCAUAAAUGGGCUGUCCGCCAAAACAUCAACAUCCAAGUCAUUUACAACAAGGGCAUACGUCAAGAUGGAUUUCUCCAAUAA